AUGGGUGGUCUUCAGAAGAAAAAGUUUGAGAGGGGAUCUGCCACGAACUACAUCACGAGAAAUAAAGCUCGUAAGAAACUACAACUGAGCCUUCCAGAUUUCAGACGAUUAUGCAUUCUUAAAGGGAUCUAUCCACAUGAACCCAAACACAAAAAGAAGGUGAACAAGGGUUCAACUGCACCGAGGACGUUCUAUCUGCUUAAAGAUAUACGCUUUUUGCUUCACGAGCCCAUUGUUGGAAAGUUCAGAGAAUACAAGGUCUUUGUAAGGAAACUUAAGAAAGCAUAUGCAAAAAUAGAAUGGACGGAUGUCGAAAGAUUAAAGGAGAAUAAACCAACCUACAAAUUGGAUCACAUAAUCAGAGAAAGGUUCCCGACUUUUAUCGAUGCCCUCCGCGAUAUUGAUGAUGCACUCUGCAUGUGCUUCCUUUUCUCAACGUUUGCACGAACUGGAAAGUGUCAUGUACAAACUAUCCAACUGUGUCGGCGACUUACUGUUGAGUGGAUGAACUUUGUGAUUGCAUCUCGUUGCCUCAAAAAAGUUUUCCUAUCAAUAAAAGGAAUAUACUAUCAAGCCGAGGUGAUGGGGCAGCUUAUAACAUGGUUGGUACCAUAUCAGUUCUCACAUGAUCAUCCUACAGAUGUUGACUACAGAGUGAUGGCUACAUUCACAGAACUUUACACCACUCUCUUGGGGUUUGUCAACUUCAGGCUGUAUCAUUCUCUUAAUUUGGUUUAUCCGCCAAAGUUGGACAGUAAAUCCGAGUCAGAGCUGAAAGAACAGAAUGAGGACGACUAUGCCAUGAAUUCUGAAAGCUACUUGGAGAAACUGUCUGCCUUAAGUGCCAGUCUAGCUCGAGUGGUUUCUUCAGUUGAGGAAGAGGAGAGUCUUGUGGACCAAUUUCCUCCUGAAGCGGAAGACAUGGAAAAUACGGAAGCCAAGGAAAUGGAACUCAAACAGGAGGAAAAAUCUAAAAAACUGUUUGAAGGGAUGAAGAUUUUCCUCAACAGAGAGGUUCCCAGAGAGUCAUUGGCUUUUGUCCUGAGGUGUUUUGGAGCUGAAGUUUCUUGGGACAAGUCUGUCUGCAUUGGAAGCACAUAUGAAGUGACAGAUGAAACCAUAACGCAUCAAAUUGUUGACCGGCCAAGCAUUGACCAACAGUAUAUCAACAGAUUUUACAUCCAACCACAGUGGGUCUAUGAUUGUGUCAAUGCCAAGAUUGUGUUACCAGUAGAGGACUACUUCAUUGGAGUGAACCUGCCACCGCAUCUCUCACCUUUUGUGGAGGAGAAGGAAGGAGAUUAUGUGCCUCCUGAGAAACUAAACAUCAUAGCCAUGCAGCAAGGACACAAAUCAGAUAAUGAAGGCAAAGAAGAAGAGGCCAGUGACGAUGAUGAUGACGAUGAUGAAGAAGAAGAAGAGGAUGAAGAAGCAGAGGACGAGAAGGAGGAAGAAAACCUGCAGAAAAUGGAAGAGCAAAGGUCCAAAGGAAAAGUGACAGUGACGCCUGGAAAAAUGAAAGUUGAAAAUCCAGCUCGCUUGGAGCAGGAGGAAAAAGCAGAGGAGAAACGUCUGGCCAUUAUGAUGAUGAAGAAAAAGGAAAAAUACCUCUACGAUAAGAUCAUGUUUGGAAAGAAAAGAAAAGUCCGAGAGGCGAACAAGUUGGCAGCCAAGAGGAAAGCUUAUGAUGAUGCUGAAAACGCAAAGAAGAAGAAAAAAUCCAGAAAAUGA